AUGAAAGGACUUGCUGUUGUCAUGGCCUCUGCUGCUGGAGUCAAUGCCCUCGUUACCCGCGGGGAUAGCUGCUGCUUCCAUCUGACUGCCUCUGGUGGUGCGUCCGGCUCUGUCGGCCAGCUAGGUGACGGUCAGAACCGCAUUGGUGAUAACAGUCUCUCUCCUGCCGAAUACUGUAUUUCGGGUAACUCUAUCACCGAUAGCAAUGGCCGCGGUUGCAUCCUGACCCCACCAACUACACAGCUCCAGUGUGAUGUAGGUGCUACUCCCACUUCUGGAUUCUCUGUGAGCUCGUCCGGUGAACUAGAGUACAACGAUAGCUCUAAGUUCAUUGCCUGCGAGACUGGCCAGAACGGUGGUUUGAACAUUUAUACCACUUAUGACAGUUCCGCGCUCUCAAACUGCAAAGACAUCACACUCACAGCUGACUCCUGUCACGCUCCUGCCCCGCCGCCAGUACCUCCAGCUAGCAAAGACUGCGGUACAACACUGAAGUCGGGAAGCUACGAGUUCCCUCAUCUCAUCGUCCCUGUCGACUCAAACUCCCCAGACAAGGCCUAUGGCACUCAAUACAAUGGUAAAGUGACUUCCAGCAUCUCAAGUAUCUUCAACUUUGAUAUCCCCCAGUCCGACUCUGGGAAGACCUGCAGCUUGGUCUUCCUGUUCCCCAACAAAGCCGACCUCGAAACUUCGGACUAUACCUUUAGUGGUGAUGGCAAGAUCGACGUUGCGAAGUUGUCCUCUGCUGCUUCAAGCUCUACUACCUUCAGCAAUGCUCCAUCCGUAACAGAGGAUCUGGGUGAUAUUACCAUUUCACCCGGUAAUUCUUACAUUGUCUCGACUUUCUCUUGUCCCGCCGGUGAAGCCGUUGCAUUUGAAUUAAAGAAUGCUGGUACCACUAGCCUUGAGUUCUUUGAGGAUUAUAACCCAUCUCCUCUUGGUCUUUACAUCACUGUUUGCUAA